UGUCCUGCUGGAAAUGAAAGUUAGAGAUUGAGGGUGUAGUGUGUGUGUGUUUACUCUGCAGAGUGUUAGUACUGUCUGUCCCAUUAUCAUAGCAAAAGGUGACAGGAAACCAGAAUAGAGACUGAGACUUCACUUAAGGAAGGAUUUGGGCUUAAUGUGUGUUGUGGCAAAGCAGACAGAGUUAAUUUAUGUCUUAAGAGAAUUCCAUGAUGGCAGCAAGGUGGCCUUAAGAAGGAAUUUGAAGGCUUUCAUUCUAUAUCCCUGUUCCACUUUAAUUGGUAGGAGUUACUGGGUAUCAUUCUUAAGUUUUUGGUUUCCUAUAAGUUUCUUUUCUUGUUAAAGCUACUUCUACAGGACGUUCCUUUGAAACCUUUAGAGCUCAGAGACAACUUGAAGCAAACAUCCCAACUCUGUGAACUUCAGUUUGGGCAUAAAUUCCAGGUUUGCCAUAUGUGUCAUUGUCUCAGCAGAUGGCACCACCUAGUCCAAGCAACAGUACCCCUAACAGCAGCAGUGGAAGCAAUGGAAAUGACCAGCUGAGCAAAACCAAUCUCUACAUCCGGGGACUGCAACCAGGCACUACUGACCAGGACCUUGUCAAGUUGUGUCAGUCAUAUGGCAAGAUUGUCUCCACUAAGGCCAUACUGGACAAGACCACAAACAAGUGCAAAGGCUAUGGCUUUGUGGACUUUGAUAGUCCUUCAGCAGCACAGAAGGCUGUGACAGCACUGAAAGCCAGCGGUGUGCAGGCACAGAUGGCAAAGCAACAGGAGCAGGACCCCACAAAUUUGUACAUAUCAAACCUCCCACUGUCUAUGGAUGAGCAAGAACUGGAGGGGAUGCUGAAGCCCUUUGGCCAGGUUAUCUCCACUCGAAUCCUUCGAGACACCAGUGGGACCAGCAGAGGGGUUGGCUUUGCAAGGAUGGAGUCCACAGAGAAGUGUGAAGCCAUCAUCACCCACUUUAAUGGAAAAUAUAUUAAGACACCCCCUGGAGUACCAGCCCCAUCUGAUCCUUUGCUUUGCAAAUUUGCUGAUGGUGGUCCAAAGAAACGACAGAACCAAGGAAAAUUUGUGCAAAAUGGACGUGCCUGGCCAAGGAAUGGAGACAUGGGUGGUAUGGCCUUGACCUAUGACCCCACCACAGCUCUUCAGAACGGGUUUUACCCAGCUCCUUAUAACAUCACCUCCAACAGGAUGCUUGCUCAGUCUGCACUCUCCCCAUAUAUUCCAUCUCCUGUGUCUUCAUAUCAGAGAGUAACUCAGACAUCUCCUCUACAAGUACCUAACCCGUCUUGGAUGCAUCACCAGUCAUACCUCAUGCAGCCUUCAGGUUCAGUUCUGACGCCAGGGAUGGAUCACCCCAUUUCUCUCCAGCCUGCCUCCAUGAUGGGACCUCUUACCCAGCAAUUGGGCCACCUCUCCCUCAGCAGCACAGGCACGUAUAUGCCAACAGCUGCAGCUGUGCAAGGAGCUUACGUUUCCCAGUUCACCCCUGUGCCUUCUUCCAGUGUUUCAGUUGAGGAGAGCAGUGGCCAGCAAAAUCAAGUGACGGUGGAUGCUCCCUCAGACCAUGGGGUCUAUUCUUUCCAGUUCAACAAAUAACAGCGUAGAGCCUGCAUACUUUGCCUUUUUACAAUUUUUAAUUUUCUGAAAUUUUUUUGGAAUGAAAUUUCCUAUGGAAUUUUUGGGGACUGGGCAAGGAACAGGUAGAACAUGAAGCAGGCAGUGGAAGUCGCUUUUCCUCCCUCUGCCCCGCCACAUCCUGGGAGAAAAGACUAGACUUCACCUUCAGGAAGCAGAGAUGUGACCCAGGCUUAUUAGAGACAAUCCCACAUCCUUUGGAAGCCAUCCUUGAGCCAAAAUUGGAUGAAGAGUAGGUCUUCUUUGGCAAGUUCCAGAAGGGUGGACUUACUGACUUCUAAUUCUUCUCACGGCCAAGGCCAACGCACUCUUGAGGAAGAAUCUUCUCCCGCUACAGCUUUUCAGGAACACGUGUUUUCCUGCUUCCUGGAGGACCUUCUUUUUUGCCCUGGGUCUCAGACCCUUCUCCUCCCCAUCGCACAUUACUGUACUCAGAGCCUUUCCAGUUGUGACCUUGCCGAAUCCACUUAGGCUUCUUCCCCACUGUGGAAGGUCAGCUGCUUCACCUCUAGACCAGUGGUUCUCAAGGAGGUGGUUUUGUCCCCUGGAGGCCAUUGACAAUCUCUGGAGACAUUUCUGAUUGUCAUGCCUGGGAGUGGGGGCUGUGUGCUACUGGCAGCUAGUGGCUAGAGACCAGGGAUGCUGCU